AUGUCUUCUAUAGCAUGUGAUUGUCUAUGCAUUCUGUCUUUGGCACUUGUGUGUGUGUGCGUGUGUCUCUCGCUCUCUCUAUCUGUAUAUGUAUAUAACACUCUGUGUCUUUUUCGGUCUCUCUCUGUCUUUUUUGGUCUCUCUCUCUCUCUCUGUCUUUUUUGGUCUCUCUCUCUCUCUGUCUUUUUUGGUCUCUCUCUCUCUCUCUGUCUUUUUUGGUCUCUCUCUCUCUCUGUCUUUUUUGGUCUCUCUCUCUCUCUGUCUUUUUUGGUCUCUCUCUCUCUCUCUCUUUUUGGUCUCUCUCUCUCUCUCUGUCUUUUUUGGUCUCUCUCUCUCUCUCUGUCUUUUUGGUCUCUCUCUCUCUCUGUGUUUUUUUGGUCUCUCUCUCUGUCUUUUUGGUCUCUCUCUCUGUCUUUUUUUUGGUCUCUCUCUCUGUCUUUUUUUCUCUCUCUCUGUCUUUUUUUCUCUCUCUCUGUCUUUUUUUCUCUCUCUCUGUCUUUUUUUCUCUCUCUCUGUCUUUUUUUCUCUCUCUCUGUCUUUUUGGUCUCUCUCUCUGUCUUUUUUGGUCUCUCUCUCUGUCUUUUUUGGUCUCUCUCUCUGUCUUUUUUGGUCUCUCUCUCUGUCUUUUUUGGUCUCUCUCUCUGUCUUUUUUGGUCUCUCUCUCUGUCUUUUUUUUUUCUCUCUCUCUGUCUUUUUUUGGUCUCUCUCUCUGUCUUUUUUUUGUCUCUCUCUCUGUCUUUUUGGUCUCUCUCUCUGUCUUUUUUGUCUCUCUCUCUGUCUUUUUGGUCUCUCUCUCUGUCUUUUUGGUCUCUCUCUCUCUUUUUUUCUCUCUCUCUCUCUGUUUUUCUCUCUCUCUCUCUCUGUGUCUUUUUCGGUCUCUCUCUCUCUCUGUGUCUUUUUCGGUCUCUCUCUCUCUCUGUCUUUUUCGGUCUCUCUCUCUCUCUGUGUCUUUUUCGGUCUCUCUCUCUCUCUCUUUUUCGGUCUCUCUCUCUCUCUUUUUCGGUCUCUCUCUCUCUCUUUUUCGGUCUCUCUCUCUCUCUUUUUCGGUCUCUCUCUCUCUCUCUUUUUCGGUCUCUCUCUCUCUCUUUCUCUCUUUUUGGUCUCUCUCUCUCUCUCUUUUCGGUCUCUCUCUCUCUCUUUUUUUCUCUCUCUCUCUCUUCUUUUUCUCUCUCUCUCUCUCUCUCUUUUUUGGUCUCUCUCUCUCUGUCUUUUUGGUCUCUCUCUCUCUUUUUUUCGGUCUCUCUCUCUCUCUGUCUUUUCUUUUCUCUCUCUCUCUGUCUUUUUCGGUCUCUCUCUCUCUCUGUCUUUUCAGGUCUCUCUCUCUCUCUGUCUUUUGGUCUCUCUCUCUCUCUCUCUCUCUUUUUCGGUCUCUCUCUCUCUCUGUCUUUUUCGGUCUCUCUCUCUCUCUGUCUUUUUCGGUCUCUCUCUCUCUCUGUCUUUUUCGGUCUCUCUCUCUCUCUGUCUUUUUCUGUCUCUCUCUGUCUUUUUGGUCUCUCUCUGUCUUUUUCGGUCUCUCUCUGUCUUUUUCUCUCUCUGUCUUUUUUUUCGGUCUCUCUCUGUCUUUUUCGGUCUCUCUCUGUCUUUUUCGGUCUCUCUCUGUCUUUUUCGGUCUCUCUCUGUCUUUUUCGGUCUCUCUCUGUCUUUUUUUUUCUCUCUCUCUCUUUUUUUCGGUCUCUCUCUGUCUUUUUUCGGUCUCUCUCUGUCUUUUCGGUCUCUCUCUCUUUUUUUUUGGUCUCUCUCUGUCUUUUCGGUCUCUCUCUGUCUUUUUCGGUCUCUCUCUGUCUUUUUCGGUCUCUCUCUGUCUUUUUCGGUCUCUCUCUGUCUUUUUCGGUCUCUCUCUGUCUUUUUCGGUCUCUCUCUGUCUUUUUCGGUCUCUCUCUGUCUUUUUCGGUCUCUCUCUGUCUUUUUUUUCUCUCUCUGUCUUUUUCGGUCUCUCUCUGUCUUUUUUCGGUCUCUCUCUGUCUUUUUCUGGUCUCUCUCUGUCUUUUUUCGGUCUCUCUCUGUCUUUUUGGUCUCUCUCUGUCUUUUUUCUCUCUCUCUGUCUUUUUCGGUCUCUCUCUGUCUUUUUUGGUCUCUCUCUGUCUUUUUUUUUCUCUCUCUGUCUUUUUUUUCGGUCUCUCUCUGUCUUUUCGGUCUCUCUCUGUCUUUUCGGUCUCUCUCUGUCUUUUUCUCUCUCUCUGUCUUUUUUUUCGGUCUCUCUCUGUCUUUUCGGUCUCUCUCUGUCUUUUAGUCUCUCUCUGUCUUUUUUCGGUCUCUCUCUGUCUUUUUUUUCGGUCUCUCUCUGUCUUUUUUGGUCUCUCUCUGUCUUUUUCUCUCUCUGUCUUUUUUCUCUCUCUCUCUUUUUUUUUCUGUCUCUGUCUGUCUCUCUUUUCGGUCUCUGUCUCUCUGUCUCUCUUUUUGGUCUCUGUCUCUGUCUCUCUUUUCGGUCUCUGUCUCGCUCUGUCGGUCUCUGUCUCGCUUUUUCGGUCUCUGUCUCGCUUUUUCGGUCUCUGUCUCGCUCUGUCUCUCUUUUUCGGUCUCUGUCUCGCUCUGUCUCUCUUUUUCGGUCUCUGUCUCUCUCUGUCUCUCUUUUUCGGUCUCUGUCUCUCUGUCGCUCUGUCUCUCUGUCGCUCUCUGUCUCUCUGUCGCUCUCUCGCUCUUUUUCUCUCUCUCUGUGUGUCUCUCUCUCUCUCUCUGUGUGUCUCUCUCUCUCUCUCUGUGUGUCUCUCUCUCUCUCUCUGUGUCUCUCUCUCUCUCUCUGUGUCUCUCUCUCUCUGUGUGUGUCUCUCUCUCUCUCUGUGUGUGUCUCUCUCUCUCUCUCUGUGUGUGUCUCUCUCUCUCUCUCUGUGUCUCUCUCUCUCUCUCUGUGUCUCUCUCUCUCUCUCUCUGUGUCUCUCUCUCUCUCUCUGUGUCUCUCUCUCUCUCUCUCUCUCUCUCUCAGACAUAAACAGGCUUAUGUGGGCAAAAGAUAUUCGGAUUAUUGUGCUGCGACCUCUGAUUGUGAUCCUCUGCCGGGCGGUAUUUUUUGCCGGAGGAUUUCACUGGAUAUCUGUCAAAGGAACGAGGGCUCGUACUGAGGAGGCUCCAAUCAUAGCCCUGGCCCCACAUUCUUCAUACUUCGAUGCCUUGCCUGUAGUAUAUCUAGACUUAACAACGGUAGUAGCAAAAUCAGAAGCGGAAUUGGUGCCCUUUUUUGGAAAGCUGAUCCAAUUUACACAGCCAGUGUUUGUGUCACGAGAAGAUCCCAACUCCAGAAUUAACACAAUAAAAGAAAUUAAAAAACGAGCCCACUCUAAGGGCGCCUGGCCCCAAGUUGUUAUUUUCCCUGAAGGAACUUGCACCAACCGGUCAUGUUUGAUAGGUUUUAAACCAGCUUCCUCUACUCUCUCUCUCUCUCUCUCUCUCUCUCUCUGUCACUUUCAGCUACCUCUUCUCUCUCUCUGUCACUUUCAGCUACCUCUUCUCUCUCUCUCUGUCUGUCUGAUCUCUUCUCUCUCUCUCUCUCUCUUACUUUCAGAACCUUUUCUCUCUCUCUCUCUGUCACUUUCAAAUUUCCUCUUCUCUCUCUCUCUCUCUCUCUGUCACUUUCAGCUACCUCUUCUCUCUCUCUCUCUCUCUGUCAAUUUCAAAGUCUCUUUUCUUUUCUCUCUCUCUCUCUGUCUCUUUCAGCUUCCUCUUCUCUCUCUCUCUCUCUCUCUUUUCACUUCCUCUUCUCUCUCUCUCUCUCUCUCUUUACGUCUUCUCUCUCUCUCUCUCCCUCUCUCUCUCUCUCUCUCUCUCUUCCUCUUCUCUCUCUCUCUCUCUCUCUCUCGCUUCUCUCUCUCUCUCUCUCUCUUCCUCUUCUCUCUCUCUCUCUCCCUUCUCUCUCUCUCUCUCUCUCUCUUCUUCUUCUCUCUCUCUCUCUCAACUUCCUCUCUCUCUCUCUCUCUCAAAUUCCUCUUCUCUCUCUCUCUCUCUCUCUCUUUUUUUCCUCUUCUCUCUCUCUCUCUCAUGCUUCCUCUUCUCUCUCUCUCUCUCUCUUCCUUCUUCUCUCUCUCUCUCUCUCUCUCUUUCUCUCUUCCUUCUCUUUCUCUCUCUCUCUCUCUCUCUCUCUUCCUCUUCUCUCUCUCUCUCUCUCCUUCCUCUCUCUCUCUCUCUCAGCUUCCUCUUCUCUCUCUCUCAAUCUUCCUCUUCUCUCUCUCUCUCAAUUCCUCUUCUCUCUCUCUCUCUCUCUUCCUCUUCUCUCUCUCUCUCUUCUCUUCUCUCUUCUCUCUCUCUCUCUCAGCUUCCUCUUCUCUCUCUUCUCUCUUCUCUCUCUCUCUCUCUCUCUCUCUCUCUCUCUUUCUCAGCUUCUCUUCUCUCUCUCUCUCUUUCCUCUCUCUCUCUCUCUCUCUCUCUCUCUUCAAAUGGAAUCUUCUCUCUCUCUCUCUCAAAUUCCUCUUCUCUCUCUCUCUCUCUAGCAAGUUCUCUCUCUCUCUCAGAACCCUCUCUCUCUCUCUCUCUCAGAAGUCCUCCUCUCGUCUCUCUCUCUCUCUCUCUCUCUCAGCUUCCUCUUCUCUCUCUCUCUCUCAGCUUCCUCUUCUCUCUCUCUCUCUCAGCUUCCUCUUCUCUCUCUCUCUCUCAGCUUCCUCUUCUCUCUCUCUCUCUCUCCUCUUCUCUCUCUCUCUCUCUCUCUUCCUCUUCUUCUCUCUCUCUCAACUUCCUUUCUCUCUCUCUCUCAGCUUCCUCUUCUUUUCUCUCUCUCUCUUUUCCUCUUCUCUCUCUCUCUCCUCUUCUCUCUCUCAUUUUCUUCCCUUCUCUCUCUCUCUCUCAGCUUCCUCUCUCUCUCUCUCUCUCUUCUCUCUCUCUUUCCUCUUCUCUCUCUCUCUUUCAGCUUCCCUCUUCUCUCUCUCACUUUCAGUCUUCCUCUUCUCUCUCUCUCUCUUUCAGCUUCCUCUUCUCUCUCUCUCUCAGCUUCCUCUUCUCUCUCUCUCUUUCAGCUUCCUCUUCUCUCUCUCUCACUUUCAGCUUCCUCUUCUCUCUCUCACUUUCAGCUUCCUCUUCUCUCUCUCUCACUUUCAGCUUCCUCUUCUCUCUCUCUCACUUUCAGCUUCCUCUUCUCUCUCUCACUUUCAGCUUCCUCUUCUCUCUCUCUCUUUCAGCUUCCUCUUCUCUCUCUCUCCCUUUCACUUCCAGCUUCUCUCUCUUCUCUCUCUUCUCUCUUCUCACUUUCAGCUUCCUCUUCUCUCUCUCUUUCUUUCCUUCCUCUUCUCUCUCUCUCACUUUCAGCUUCCUCUUCUCUCUCUCACUUUCAGCUUCUUCUCUCUCUCUCUCUCUAACCUCUUCUUUCUUCUUCCUCUUCUCUCUCUCUCCCUUUCAGCUUCCUCUUCUCUCUCUCUCACUUUCAGCUUCCUUCUUCUCUCUCUCUCUCACUUUCAGCUUCCCUCUUCUCUCUCUCUCUUUUCAGCUUCCUCUUCUCUCUCUCUCCCUUUCAGCUUCCUCUUCUCUCUCUCUCUCCUUUCAGCUUCCUCUUCUCUCUCUCUCUCUCUCUCACUUUCAGCUUCCUCUUCUCUCUCUCACUUUCUUCUUCCUCUUCUCUCUCUCUCUUUUCAGCUUCCUCUCUCUCUCUAUUCUUCCCCCGCUAUAUAUAUAUAUAUAUAUAUAUAUAAUCUUUCCAUUGACAAAUUUUUUUCUUUUUUUUUUUUCUCUCUCAGCUUUGAUGCCAUGAAAGACUUAUUAGAAAAGUAUCUCAUUGUCCCUCAUCUUUUUUCUCUCUCUCUUCUCCCUCAGCCAAGUGACAGACAUCCAUUUCUUUCUUGUUUUUCCUUUUUUCUGUUUCCCCCCCUUUUCUGUUCCCCCCUUUCCCCCUUUUCUUUUCCCCCCCCUUUUCUUUUCCCCCUUUUCCCCCCUUUUUUCUUCCCCCCUUUUCUUCCCCCCUUUUCUCCCCCCCCCUUUUUUUGCUGUUUUUCCCCGUUUUUCUUUCCCCCCCAUUUUUGUUUUUCCCCAUUUUUUUUUCUGUUUUUCUCCCCAUUUUUCUGUUUCCCCCUUGUUUUUUUUUUCCUUGUUUUUUUCCCUUUUUUCCUUUUUUUUUUUUUUUUCUUUUUCCUUUUUUCUUGUUUUCCCCCCCCUUUUCUUGUUUUUUUCCCCUUUUUCUUGUUUUUUCCCCCUUUUUCUUUUUGUUUUUUUCCCCCUUUUCCUUUUUUUUUUUUCCCCUUUUUCUUUUUUUUCCCUUUUCCCCCCUUUUUUUCUUUUUUCUUUUUUUUUUUCCUUUUUUUUUUUUUUCCCCCUUUUUGUUUUUUUCCCCCUUUUUUUUUUUUUUUUCCCCCCUUUUCUUUUUUGUUUUUUUUCCCCUUUUUCUUUUGUUUUUUUCCCCUUUUUGUUUUUUUCCCCUUUUUUUUUUUUUUUUUCCCUUUUCUUUUGUUUUUUUCCCCUUUUUUUUUGUUUUUUUUCCCUUUUCUUUUGUUUUUUUUUUUUUUUUUUUGUUUUUUUCCCCUUUUUCUUUUUUUUUUUCCUUUCUUUUGUUUUUUUCCCCUUUUUGUUUUUUCCCUUUUUUUUUUUUUUUUUCCCUUUUUCUUUUGUUUUUUUCCCUUUUUUUUUUUUUUUUUCCUUUUUUUUUUUUUUUUUCCUUUUUCUUUUGUUUUUUUUCCCUUUUUCUUUUGUUUUUUUUUUUCUUUUUUUUUUUUUUUUUUUUCCUUUUUCUUUUGUUUUUUUUUCCCCUUUUUCUUUUUUUUUUUUCCCUUUUUCUUUUGUUUUUUUUUCCCCUUUUUCUUUUUUUUUUUUUCCCCUUUUCUUUUGUUUUUUUUUUCCCCUUUUUCUUUUGUUUUUUUCCCCCUUUUCUUUUUGUUUUUUUCCCCUUUUCUUUUUUUUUUUUUCCUUUUUCUUUUGUUUUUUUUCCCUUUUUUUUUGUUUUUUUUUCCCUUUUUCUUUUGUUUUUUUUUUUCCUUUUUUUUUUUUUUUUCCCUUUUUUUUUUUUUUUUCCCCUUUUUCUUUUGUUUUUUUUUUCCCCUUUUUCUUUUGUUUUUUUUUUCCCUUUUUCUUUUGUUUUUUUUUUUCCCUUUUUUUUUUUUUUCCCUUUUUCUUUUGUUUUUUUUUUUUCCCCUUCUUUUCUGUUUUUUCCUGUUUUUCCCUCUCUUUCUUUGUUUUUUCCUGUUCUGUUUUUUGUCUUUAUUUCUGCUUUUUAGGGGGGUUUCUGUUUUUUCCGUUGUUUUUUUUUUUUGCUUUUUUCUUCUUUCUUGA